AUGGCACCUCUUCCAGCUGACCGAAAUGUACCUGCACCUCCAUUCACAAACGUUGGUUUGGACUUUGCUGGAACUUUGUAUCUUAAGAACCGUGGUGAAAAGGCAUAUAUUUGCCUUUUUACUUGUGCUGUCACUCGUGCAGUACACUUAGAAUUGGUAAGCAACAUGACAACUGAACGGUUUUUGCUGGCGUUACGACGUAUGGUUGCGAGAAGAGGCAUGUGUAGUAUUAUUUGGUCAGAUAAUGCAAAAACGUUCAAAUGUGCUAAAAAAGAGUUACAGAGUUGUUGGCGAAUCCUGGAAUCCGAAGAAACCCGUACAGCUUUGUCUGAGAAGAAGAUUCAAUGGAAAUUCAUAGUACCCAGAGCCCCUUGGUGGGGUGGAUUUUAUGAACGUCUCGUGAAAAGUGUUAAGUUGCCGCUGAAGAAAAUCUUUGGAAAUGCAAUGUUAGACGCCAAGCAAAUGACCACCAUUCUGACGGAGAUCGAGGCUCAAAUUAACAGUCGUCCUCUUACUUACAUUGGAGCUGAGCCAAAUGACUUAAAGGCCCUUACGCCAAGCCCAGAUUCUCAUUGGGAGAAAUUUACAGGCGUUUCCAAGCAAAGAUACGAAAGUUACGGAGCACACUUCCAACGCCUUAAAGAAACGAUUACAAUAUCAUCAACGUUUGGUAAAUGGAUUUUGGAAGCGAUGGAAUGCGGAAUAUCUUAA